AUGGCGACUUCACGUGCGAAGUCGGGGGAGGGAGAAGGAGGAAGAGAAGGAGGAAGAGGAGCAGGGGAGCCCAAGGAUCUUAUCAGAGCAGCACGAGAAGAAGAAGAUGACAAGGCAAAGCAAGAGCUGCUGGUGAAGGAAGGUUUUCUCGGGCCUGUGACUGCUCUAUGCUGGUGCCCGGUUUCUGAAAUUCUGCUAGUGGGGAGGGGAAGAGACUUGAGCUUCAUGAGCCUCUCGCGAAAGAUCUUCGGGGAGAUCCGAUGCUUUGAAAAUGGUCGAAUCCAUGGUGUGCGAUGCGUAUCCUCGAAAGUGGAUGGCAGAUCGCAAAUCAUGGCAGUCGUACACAGCGAGAAAAAGAUAUCGAUAGUAUCAGCCAAGAUCUCGAAGGAGGCGACCGAUGGGGAUGCAGAGUUACUUGUGGUGUGCAAGGACUGGAUGAUGGAUGACUGGAUCAUGGAUGUGCACACCUUGACGGUUGAUGAAGCGGAGAGGUCACGUCAGAGCUCGAUCGAGGACUUAACUCGGUCCUGCCUUGUGGCGGUUGGCCUCGCCCACAACGUCAUUCAGAUCCUCGAAGUGAGGACGAGGUCGGUGCAGCAGACCGUCCGCUGCUCGGAGCAGCCCCUCCUCUGCUCUCUCAACUUCUCUGGAAGCACCCUCGGCAAUCUGCGGGUAGCCUGCGCCGGGUUCACGCGAGAGAUCCUGUGCUGGGGCUUCGCUGGACUAGACAGCGCGCCUGUGGAGCAGAGGUUGAGAGGACAUACAGGGGUGAUCCAUAGCGUGCGAUGGAGGGAAGAUGGUGCUGCCCUCGUGUCUGCAUCUGAAGACAGGAGUGUCAUCCUCUGGCUUCAGACCAGGGGGGAGGCUGGGGCAUGGCCGAUCUUCCAUCGAUCUGCCACGUUCUGGGGGCAUGCUGCUCGCAUCUGGGACUGCCAAGGGCCGUUAGAUUCGCCACCGGAGGGAACGAUGGCGCAGUGA